CACCCAAGAAAACCCCCCCGUUCGACUUGCGCUGCGGUGCUCCAAUCCAAUCCUUCUCCCGUCACUGUUGGGCAAUCCAUGCCUGGACUGGGUCGCUUUCUGGUCUCGAAAAAGCAACACCAGGCACGAGACGAGACUCUGAGUCUUGUCCGACGUCUUCUUCGCUUCGCUCAUUCACGGCUCGCUCGCCAUCCCAACCUUCCUUUCUGCGUCUCUCUCUCUCUCUCUCCCACUCUCUCUAAACGAUAAAAUACGACAAACGAUACCAACCAAUUCACUCCCUCGCCUUAAUACACGGGCCUUUCCCUAUUCCUUCGCACGACCUCUUUUUAAUACCACAUUCCGACCGCAGACUUUUGCGCUUCAGCCUUUUCCAAACCUUCCACGAUCCAGUCUCCGAACCUGCCGAACCCUUCGUCUCGCGCGAUAGUCAUCACAACCUCAAGUCAAAGCGCCGAUUUCAAGACCGACCACCGCCCUUCCCCCCGGCCGCUCUCGACAAGCUCUUCUCCCAACCUCGCGAUACCCUUUUAUCAACACGCCAAAAAAGCGACAUGUUAUAGUGGAGGAAACUUGCGAACUAUCCAAAAUCGUUGCGCCGCCGAUCCGACUGCGACAUCAGCGCCCAAAAUGACUUCAAAAGAACAGGCCGGUGGGCCCAGCACGCCGACCGACGAUGGCGGCUUUCCGAAACCCCAAUUUCCUGGACGCUCCGACCGACCAGGCCCGCCGAGUAUCAUCUCGUCGCGAAUGACCGACAUCGCGUCCGACGACGGCGGGGAAGCCGUAGCCCAGACCUUAUCCGAAAAUCCGCGCAGAAAAUCUGGUCUGGCUUCAGAAACUGUGUCGCGGCCAGGGACGGCCAAGACAGGCAUGUCUGGACCCCUCGAAGGCCGGAGACGGGGUCCGCCCCCACGGAUGAAUUACAUUACCAGUCUCAACGAGAAGAGGGGAAGCAUCGGAGGCGGUAGUACCGCUGGUUCGAUCAGCAGCAGACCGCCAAGCUCAACAAGUCGAAGCCAUGUUCCGUCUCUUACGUCUUCAGCCUUCUUUCGUCCCAUGAGUUCGCAAAAGCUGCAAGCCCAGCGUGGUGGUUCACGACCUGCGACCCGCCAGCAACCUACAUUGGAAGAUACCGAACCUACGCCCGAACACAACCAGAGUGCCGCUGCAGCAGCAGCUGUAGCCAGUGGAGGACCAAAUGCUCGGCACAGCGUCAUCUCAAACCCGGUAUCGAACCCCGUUGCACGCCUCCAGCGGCAGCUUAGCGACGACGACAACAUGAGGCCACCUCCGUCUCGCGGAACCGAAUACACCGACCAAGGAACAUACGAUCGAAUCACCGCCAACACGAGCCCGACUCAUGGUCACUAUGCUGCCGGUAGUAUGUCCGAGAGCGUCACCCCGCUGCAACGGAACCAGCGCAAUAGCCGGAACCUGAGCGUCAAUGUCGACAGGGGCUUCAGAGAACGAGGCAAUCAGCCUAGCCCUAUCAAAUCGCCGCGAUCUUUCCGCUCAAGUUUCUUGCUGCCAGGCAGAAGCGACCAGAACAAGUCUAACCGGACUCUACCGGGCGGCGAAAAGCUCUCAUCGACCGCAUCGACGCCGCAGCUCAACCCCGUAGACUCUUCGAGACCCGCCGAUAAGAAUAACUUGAAGAAGUCCAAGACGAACCUUGGCUAUGUUUUCCAGUACUUCGAAGGCAAUACCGUCUUCUGCUUGGGAGGCCGAUUCCAGAACACCAAACAUCGGCCAGUCAACGUAGCCACUGGGCUGUUCAUCAUUAUCCCCGCCGUCCUAUUCUUCGUCUUUUCAGCCCCUUGGAUAUGGCAUAACAUCAGUCCUGCCAUUCCAAUCACUUUCGGAUACGUCUUCUACAUAUGCAUUUCCUCGUUCCUCCACGCAUCCCUGUCGGACCCUGGCAUUCUGCCGCGAAACCUUCAUGCCUUUCCACCGGCUGAUUCGACAGAGGAUCCUCUCCGGCUCGGGCCUCCAACCAACGACUGGACGCUGAUCAAGUCAGCAGAGUCAGCCACGGCCGCCAUGGAAGUUCCAGUAAAACAUUGUAGAACAUGUAACAUUUGGCGGCCUCCUCGGGCUCAUCACUGCCGACUUUGCGACAACUGCAUCGAGACCCACGAUCACCACUGCGUUUGGCUCAAUAACUGCGUCGGAAAACGCAACUACCGAUAUUUCUUUGCUUUCGUCUCCUCGGCAACCUUCCUCUCUCUCUACCUCCUUGGCGCCUCUCUAGGCCAAAUUCUCGUACACAUGCACCGAUCCGACAUUUCUUUUGGAAAAUCCAUCGACGACUUCCGCGUUCCCUUCGCUAUGGUCAUCUACGGCUUUAUUGCCUUCUUAUACCCUGCUGCCCUCAUGGGCUACCACAUCUUCCUCAUGGCUCGAGGCGAAACAACGAGAGAGUACAUCAACUCUCACAAGUUCAUAAAGGCAGAGCGGUUCCGAGCCUUUACUCAGGGCAGCAUGCUCAAGAACUGGAUCGUCGUGCUCUGCCGACCGAGGCCUCCUACCUACUACCAAUUCAAGAAGAGGUACAUCGGUGGUGAUCAACGCCUCGGUGCUCUCCGGGAUCAGAAGGUCGACAUUCAGGGCAUGGAAAUGCAGAACGUUAGACCAACGACAGGGUUUCAAGGACCCGUCUCCUUGCGCAACGAAACGAGCACUACCGCGACAUAAUUACCUAUUUCUUUGAUUGUUUUCUGCGUGGCGUUGUUUAGGAGCCAUCAUACGUUUAAACGGAUCCUGGAUACCUGUAAUGUAUGUUUUCUAUUAUACCCGGCUUUACCUAUCAAAGCAGGUAAACAGACAUAAAACGCCGGCUCUCUCCCUUAACGUAGGGGACGAGAGCCCGUAUUAUUUUUCAUCGCGGCAAUGCGCUACGAUAUCGGAGCCAGUACAUAGACGUUUGGCGCAAAUUACUGCGCUUGUAACAAAUGCUAGUUCAUACCCCGAG